AGCGCAGCCAGGUGUUUUCGCUAAAAAAAAAUAAAUAAACCUGAAAAUAAUAUUAGUUUUGCUUGUAAUAAAUCAACUAGAAGAACGGCUCAGUGUCAGCCAGCUUUCGCACAAGCAGUAACUUAACAUUUUUCUUGAAUGCAGACAUUUGUUUAUUGGCCUGUAUCUGUUUAUGUGCGUGCGUGUGUGUGUGUGUGUGUUAGCAAGUGUAAUGAUUUGGAGGCUGUGAAGCUGUCGCGACGGCAAUUGAAUUAGAAACAAAUACAGAGGCGCCGCGCCGUUGCUGUUGCCAACGCCAGAGCUGCUGUAUUGACGUUUGCGGCAGGUGCAGUUGCAGGUGCAGCAGCGGCAUCGCCCCACGCACGCACACACGCACACAGGUGAAACAAGAGCAACAACAACAACAUCAACGACGACGACAACAGCAAGAACAUUAACAGCAAUGGCUGGCACGGCAACCGCAACACCAAUGGAAAUUGACGAAUUCAUAAAUGGAGCGCUCGUUUCUUGGUUGGAAUCAUGCCUGCCACGUGCCGAGCUGCUAGCCGGUUACACCUCGCUGCUGGAUGGCAUCAUAAUACACAGUGUUUGGCUUCAGAUCGAUCCGGAGCCACAGAACAAUCCCAGCGAGCUGUUGGCCGAUCUCAGCGGCAACUCGUUGAGCAUUGCCCGUGCUAAGAACUUUGAGUGCAUUGUAAGGAAUUUAAAGUCACUGUUCGAGGAGGAACUGGGUCAAACGAUUCUGGUGCUGCCUGAUGCGUACAUGUUGGGCUACUAUCCGGAAAGUAAGCAUGGACUGGAUCAGAUGAAAACACUGCUCACACUGUUGCUGGGCGCGGCAGUGCAAUGUCCCAACAAGGAGCUGUUCAUCGCACGCAUCAAGGAGCUGGAUCUUGAGACGCAGCAUGCAAUUGUGGCACUGAUUAAGCAGGUCACAGAUAGCCACAGUCUGGUGCUUACUGAGGACUCACUGGAGCGUCUCUCUCCGGAGAAUAUGUAUGGUCACAUAAUGCGUCUAACCAAGGAACGUGAUCACAUGUAUUUGAAAUGGAUUGAGACGGUUUGCGUGGAACCCGAGCUGAAUGUCACCGAUGGUGCUGAAUGCGGUCAAGGCGUUACUGUUCCACGGUCUCCCUCCAGUGGCACAGCAACCUCAACACCAUCAUCGUCUUCCAAUUCUGAGAGCAAUCAUUUAGCAGUGGAGUGCGCGGAUUUAAGAUCAAAAAAUCGCAAAUUACGUCAAGAACUGGAGGAGAAAUCAGAGAAUCUACUGGAACUGCGCGAGGAACUGGAUGACAAAAAACUGCGUUUCGACAAGCUGCGUCAGGAAAGCCAGGAUUGGUUUACGGAGGCCAAACGUGCGUCAGCUUAUCGGGAUGAGGUGGACAUAUUGCGGGAGCGUGCUGAACGUGCGGAUCGUCUUGAGAUUGAAGUGCAGAAAUAUCGUGAAAAGCUCGGCGACUCCGAUUUUUAUAAAUCACGAGUCGAAGAACUACGAGAGGAUAAUCGCGUGCUUUUGGAAUCCAAAGAAAUGCUGGAGGAACAACUGCAGCGAUCCCGCAAGCGUUCAGAGCACGCCAUCACCUUGGAGUCGGAGAUCAUUAAAUACAAACAGAAAUUGAAUGACAUGGCACUGGAGCGUGAUGUGGAUCGAUCUAAGCUAGAGGAGCUGCUGGAGGAGAAUGCGCAACUGCAGCUGGUGGCAAAGAAUUUGAAUUCAACGCAGGAGAUUGACAAAUCCUUUUCAGACAAUGAGGACGAAUGCAAUUCGGGUGACAACAGUUUAUCCGAGCAGCUCACAAACAAUGCACAAACGCGAGCCCUAAAACUGGAGCUGGAGAAUCGUCGAUUAACUGCAGCACUGGAGCAGUUGAAGGAAAGCAGCUUCCAUGAAUCUACCAGUAAAAUGUUGGAGCUGGAAAAGGAAAAGAAGAAAUUGUCAUUGAAAAUAGAACAAAUGCAGGAGAACAUACAAAGAUUGACACAACAGAAUGUGGAAUUGGAGAGCGUGUUCAAGAACGCACUAGAGGAGAACAAAAAACUACAGGAUGCCGUCGAUAAUCGCCAAAAAAGCUAUGAUCGACAGAGCCUAGAGCGUGAAGCUGAUCGUCAAAAACUCUCAGACGCCGAACAGCACGUGGAGACGCUCAACAAAGAAAAGCAACGCAUUCAAACUCUCAACGAGAGUAUACAACGACGAGCUGAUGACUUAGAGCGUCUUACUGAGAGCAAAACCAAGGAGCUGGAACAGUAUGUGGAGAAAACGCAGCUUUAUGAGCAGACGAAGCAGAAACUAUACGAAAUUGAGGCCAAGGUAAACACCUAUGAGCGGGAGAAUGCCAGCCUUCUGAAGGAGGUGACUAAACUGAAGGAGAGCAGUGAACAAAAGUCUGUGCAGCUGGAUGAUAGCAUCAAUCGAGUGGAGAUGCAAGCCAAGGAACUGGUGCGUUUGUCCAAGGCGCAGGAAGAAGCCGAGCUUGUGCAGCAAAAGCUUGUGGAGCUGGAGAAACAGAAUCAAGAGCUAAGCUCCCAGCGCAAUAUUGAUCAGGAAAUGAUAAGCACGUUGCGCAACGAUCUGGUAAAUGGAACGCUAGUCACAAAGAAGGUGCGACACAAUCUAGAGAAGCUCGGCCUAGAUGUCAACGAGGUCGACGGUGAGUCCACCGAGCUGAAUGUGGAGCAUGUGGUAGAGAAGCUGGUGCGCAAUCCAGAGACAUUUAAAACUGUGAGGGAAAUCAUGUUGAAUGUGAAUCGUGAGCAGCAACAUGAGGCUGGCGUCAAGUCGGACAUGUGUGUUCUGUGUCAUCGGCAGGAAAUCUAUACUGUGGAGAAGAACAUCGAGUUGUCAGCUUCUGUCCCUGUGCCAACAGCGCAGGAACUCCGAUUUGAGCAUAAGGUACGUCUAAGUCCCGCGCGUGAAUCUGCGGAAAUGUUGCGACUACAGGAUAAUAACACACAACUGCAAACGGAGAAUGCGCGACUCAGUGUGGAUGUGGCAGCUCUGGGAUCACAAAUUACAUCGCUUAACACACAACAUGUGGCACUUCAGUUGGCAAAUUCGCAGCUGGCCGCCGAGAAGGAUACGCUGUUGAAGGACAUCGAUGCGUUGCAGCAGGAACACAAACAUGCACUGCAGGAUCAGGUGACAUUGCAGUGCCUACAUGAUCAACUCUCCGCUGAAUAUGAAUCGCUCAACAAGGACAAGGAGCAACUAAAGGCGGCAGUGCGCGAUCUACGACAAGAUAAUCGCGAUGCACGAGAAACAAUCCAAGAACAGGAACAACGCAUUGAAGACUUGACCACCCAAGCCAGCACAAUGAAAACCUGCCACGAAGAUCUCGCGAUACUACGCACCGAGCACUCCAAAUUAACCGAUGACUUCCGUAAUCUGUUUGCCACUAGCGAUCGCUUCAAGAAUGAAUACAAGAACAUCCAAGAGCAGUACAAGAUGAUUCGCAUGGAGCAUAGUAGCCUUAAAUUGCAAAAUACCGAACUCACAGGCGAGUUGAAUGCAAAACAAGAUCAGGUGCGUCUUCUACAGAUCGAGUAUUCCAAGGUACAACAGCGUUGUGAGAUGCUGAUACAGAACAAUGCCGACUUGGAUUCUGAGCGCAAGGCUUUGAUGGAUAAUGUGUCGCAGUUGUUGUCGCAGUAUCAGGAACUACUGGCCAUUUCUCUGGAGGAUAAGAAGCAUUUCCACGAAGAGGAAAAGAACUACACGGAACGCGUGCACAGUCUUAAGCGUCAAAAGGAGAAGCUCGAAGAGAAAAUCAUGGAGCACUAUAAAAAAUCAGAGACGACCGUCCAAAAGAAGAAACCAUUUGCGAGUAGUCUGGUACGUCGCGUUAAGAAGGCCAGCUCCGAUUUGAUGAACAAGGUACCGAGUCGGAAUCGACGCUCUUGGGUGGAUGAUGCACGUACCAGCUCACAGUUUGUCAUCGGCUCCGAAUCGGGUGGCAAUGAGUCUGACAAUAGCAAUGAGGAACCUCUGUCCAUUGCAUCCGAUACGCAUCUCUUGCAACGUAAUAUUCCCUUGCGUCAGAGCCUACAACGAGAUUUACUGGAUAGCUCUAUUCAACGAGGUGGCACUGUGCGAAGUAGCCUGCAGGCACAGAAACGUACGGAUUUGAGUAACUCACGUAGAAAUAGCGUGCACGGCAGUCUGGAAGCGCCUGAUGUAACCGGCAGCAGUUUAACACUCGGAACAGCGGGCUCACGUCGCACUGUCUAUUUGAUCGACGAGCAUCAAAAGCUGCCCGAUGGCUCCAAUAGCUCCACUCAGCAAUCCCAACAGCCGCAAUCCUGCUCGACGCCAACACCCGGCAACAGUGCCGCCAACGUUACUGCCGAGCCGCAAACGCCACAGAAGAACGACAGUCCGGCUACAUUUCUUAUGUAUAAUCGCAUUAAUACCACAAUUGGAGGCACAUCAACCAACAACGAUCAGAGUCCGCUGCUGCAGGCCAGUGGCAGUGGCGGCAGCGUCACCGGCUCUGCAAACCAGGAUGAUAAAGCGUUACGCAAACGCAAUGAAGAUAAAAGCAAUAGCAUUUGGUAUGAAUACGGUUGCGUUUAGUGCUUUUGACUAAAACAAGUAUAAUGAUUAACUGCAUUUGCCGACGACGAAGUAUUAUUUCGUUUUAGAAAGUAACGAAUUUAUAUGCCUUUAGCUUAAGUGCUUCUUAAAUGCUAUGAUUUGCCUUAAGAUUCAGACAAACAAGUCUGCACAUCGUAUACGUAGUUGAAAGCAUUUACAUAUUAUAUAUUAAAUGUUGUGUUAUACAAAUAGAUAUAGUUUAGAUAUACAUAUAUGUAUAGUUGUAUUUGUGUUUAUGUAACUGAACGAAGACUAUAUACGGAAACUGUUCGAAUUCAAGUAAUUAACUAGUAUAUCUACACACUUGUGUGUAAACAAAUACCGAAAUGUAUGUUUAUAACGUCCAAAAGAUAAUGCUUCCCCUAUAUGGGAGCAACAGAUCAAAA